AAUCUGCUUCUAUUUCAAAACAAUGGGUGUUGUCCAUAGGCUGUUAGGUGGUAUUAUUUACGGACAAGCAAGCUAGAAUGUUAAGUUUACGAGGAGCACCUGAAGGCAUCAUAACACAAGCGACUAGCUAGCUAGUUGAACCAUAGCAGCUAAUAUGGGCUAGCCAGCGCAAUGAUGAUGCACUGCCAGUGCAGCUGGGACUAAGUGGAACAGAGUUUUAAAAUUGUACUGCCGAAUUAAGCAAGGGAGUCAAUCGAUAAAAGCAGAUGGAGGAGUUUGACAGCAGUGCACUGGGCAGGGUAACGGUGUACUCCAUCCAGGGCUGUCCACACUGUGUGCAGGCCAAAGCCACCCUGGGACGUUUGGGAGUACCGGUAUGUGAUGUGGAUGUGGGAAGGCAUCCAGAGCUCAGAGCCAGAGUGAAGGAGUUGACAGGACGCAGCUCGGUCCCUCAGAUCUUCUUUAACAACAUUCAUGUUGGGGGCAACGAUGAUCUACAGAAAUUGGCUCCUGAGGAGCUUCAGAGGUUGGUGAAUGUGGUCAAGAGAGAGCCUCUUCCAGCAGAUGCUCCACCACUACCAGACAAAAAUCUAGCAGAGGACACAUCUGGGGAGACUGAUGGAGAGUUUAUGUGUGAGAGGGAUGAGUUGGCGGACGUGGUAGAAGACCUGAAACAUGGCACUGUGAUUGGCAGUCAUUGGAGGGGCCUUACUUUGUACAAAAAGAGCUUCCCAGGUGAUCAACUGGUUGACUGGCUGCAGAAAGAGAAAGGCAUGGCCAGUGCUGAGGCCUGUAAUACUGCCCAAGCAUUGUUGCAGAAGAAGUACAUGGUCAGUGUGCGUGGCUGUGGGCAGCAGGAUGGCAGUUUUGGAAAAGGGAAAGACACACUGUACAGGCUGUUGGAGGAUGACCCUCAUUCAGCCCUCAACGCAGGACAGACGGCAGCCUGCAGUCCCAUCCAGGCUGCUGAGCUCUCUUUGCUUGUACGGGAGUUGGUUUUGAAAUUGUUCUCCGAGCAUCUCUCUGCUGAUGGCAAGUCUGUGGACUACAAGGGCAUGUCAGUCAACCCUGCCUUUGAGCGUUACUGUGAGCUAGCCAUUCAGCUGCAGAGGGUGGAGCUGCUUUCGCUCAGUCGGGAGGAGAAGCUGGCCUUCUUCAUCAACAUCUACAACGCCUUGGUCAUCCAUGGGUACCUACGCCUGGGGGCCCCCUCCAACAUGUGGCAAAGAUACAGAUUCUUCAACUAUGUGAGCUACCUAAUUGGAGGAGAAGUGUUUACAUUACAGGACAUUGAGAAUGGUGUUCUGAGAGGGAACAGAAAAGGUGUCGCACAGCUUCUAAGGCCCUUCUCCAAAACAGACCCGCGACUACAGGUGGCCCUUCCCGAUGCUGAGCCCCUCAUUCACUUUGCCUUGAACUGUGGCGCAAAGGGCUGCCCACCAAUCAAAACAUACACUCCACAGGACAUUGACAGCCAGCUCCGCACAGCAGCUGAGGCCUUCCUGGAGAAUGACGACGCCUGUAUGGUGGAUUCUGGGAAAAGAGAAGUGCGACUCAGUCAGAUAUUCAAGUGGUACAAAGCUGACUUUGGAGGAACUGAUGAAAAGCUGCUGAAGUGGGUGGUGGAGCACAUGGGAGACUCUCCAAAGAAGACCAGCCUGCAGGGUGUCCUUUCUGCUGGGAAGACCAAAGUCAGCUUCCUCCCUUACGACUGGAGCACCAACAGCACCCGCUGAGCACGCACACACCAACACAUUCACGUCCAGCUAUGUGCUAUGUCUCUUUGCAGCUGUCAGCUUUCUACUAAGCUGCGUCCACUUAAAGACCAGGAGGUUGGUGAUGACGUGCUUGCCAAAUGCAAUACCACUGGUCCUCAUCAUGCAAAUGUUUUUUUAAUGCAAAAACAAACCGUAAAUCCAAGUGGUGAUAGUGGUGCAUUUGCACCGACGGUACCAUCAAGUCAUCCUUCUCUUGUCGGCCAAUCCUAGCUUGAAGUUCUUACUGUAAGCUCCGCUCGGAUAACUUCUGUUUGGAAGUCGUAACUAUUAUAUAUUUGAGUUGUACAUUCACAUUAUAUUGGUUUGAACUAACAACAAAGAGCCUAUUAAAGAAAUCAAGCUGCACAUGGAAACUUUUUACUGCAGCAGCAUAAUUAAUAGGAUGAGAUUUACAUUAAGCGUGUUAUUUACUUGCGUUAUUAAUAUCCAUUGUAAAAAUGUCAAAGCCUGAAAAUGGACAGACAUCCCCCAAAUUAUCUUCAGUAAAUGAACGCGGAGAAAACUUACCAUAAUCGUACUGUAUGAUAAUAAUAAUAUUUGUCAAUAUGGCUUCCAUACUCUCCAGCCCUUGUAUUUACACUUGUCAGCAACUCAGGAGUCAUAGAUUAUCACAAUCUUCUCGGUUCAGUACAACACUCGUUGUCGGGCUGUUUACGUGGAGCGUCUACUCCGAGCAGAUGGAGAUGAUACAGACACACUGCCUUGACAAGCCAUAUCCAAACCCACUCAUUAAGCUGAUCCAUCAUGUAACCUGCAGAUGUAGACAAGCAGACCUUGUUUUCUACAGGGUACGAGAGUAAUUGACGCUAAUGGAACAUUAGUAUAUCAUCCUAUGCUGUGGACAUUAAAUACUAAAAUAUAAACAAUACUUUGCUUGUGGCUGUAAAACACGGGCUGUUAAUGAGCUUUUUUUAAUAGACAUGUGUAAUUUAUUUCCUUUCCUAAACAUCUAUGACCCAGGUGUCAAGCUCUUUUUUUAUUGGACGAACAAAAUCUGGUUGUGUGACUGAGGGGGCUGGAUCCUCUGGACUCCUCAUAUUUGUUGGAUCCAGUCUGAAUAAGAAAAGGUUUUACUUGUUGAGAGCGCACUGACAGAUGCAGCCGUCAGACUUUUGCAUGUCUAAUCAGGUUUCAUUUCUAACCCGUAGUGGUGUCGUGUUUCUCCCUUCCUUCUUGUCGAGCUACAUGGUUGUUCAGCUAUCUUUAUGAUCCAGGUCUUCCAUUUUAAAUCAGAAAAGUGCUACUAGUGUAUUUUUGGCACAGUCAUUUGGUAAAAGAGUAAUAUUUUGAAUUGUAGAAAUAUGUAUCAAAUCUUCACCCCUUUGGGAUGCACUCUGACACUUUGCAUGUUUAUCACCAAGUUUGAAUGCUGUUGAGACAUAUUUAUACUUUUUCCCAAAGAAAUUGUUGACUGUUGGUCAGUAGGAGAGCACCGGGCUGGGCUUCUUCCUCCAGCUAUUUCCCGGUAGUCUGCAGAGACUUCAUUACCCAAAUCCGCAGUCAUGAAAACAAUUAAAUGUAGCAGUUUAGGUCUCGAUUAGAGUUUGCAGGUUUUUGGUGUGUUGAGUUUCUGCCUACAAAACUGUGCAGGAUGCUUUUCAUUUAUUUUUCCAACCCUCAAAUAUAAUUUUAUUAGUUUCCACUUUACCUGACCUUAAACGUUUGUAAGACUUCAUUUAAAAAUAAAUCUUCCAGUGUGAUGGACACACAUCGAGUGCAUAUAAUAACUCUUUAUGACUAUUAAGGAUUAUGUGUGGCUUAGUAAAACUAUUUAAGGGCCUUUCUCUGUUUCCAUAAUUUAAGGAUUUUCUUGUCUCAGGUCAAAGGAAAAUGUGUGCGAGUAGAAACCAUAUUAAGUUGUUUGAUGUCAUCGAUGCAUGUUGUGUUUAACAAUUUCAACUCGGUUUGCACAGUCCGUAUUCCUUUGCCAAGACAUUGUGUCAUGCACAUUAGUAUAACUUUGUCCUUAAGCGAUAAGCAGCACCAAAGCAUAUGGUUGAACUAGCAUGUUAAAACUGGAAUGCAUUUGCUGCAUGAGAUACUGGAAAACUGUCCAAUCUGGAAUGCUGGCCUCUAGGAAGGCUGCCUCUCUCACUGCUUUGUAAACCUGUAAACUCAGCCAUAGGAACCCUAAUGUUGGAAUACAGGAUGUGCAAUAGGUUUAAAACAGCACCUCGUCUUAUUAGACUGUGUUUUAUCGCUCUAUACAUUUAUUCAGUGACAAGUGCCCCCUUGGCUUUACUGCUCAACUCCAUUAUUGAGUAACUGAGAAAGAAAAGGGGAAGACAUUUUAUGGGCUAGACAGAGAAAAAGGUUUUAUUUACAUAUACUAUUGAUCCCUGUACUUAUUCAGAAUUACCUCAUGUAUCAGGAAAACGUGAUGCAAAAAGUUUUUUAAAUAAGCAAUUCUCUUUAUUUUCCUCUUUCCUGGGGUUAACAAGAAAGCAAUAUGUGUAUGAAUGGUAAAUAUGCAAUGUUGAACUAAAAAAUAAAAUGUUUGAGUUUGUC